GGCGUCCGGACGUGUCGGAGGCGGCCGCAGAGUGCGAGCGGCCGGAGCUGCGGUGACGAGGCGACGGUGACGACGGUUGUCACUGGACGCCUGGGUUCCCCCUCCCCCGCACCGCCGGCCUGAGGGUGGGGGGACGGAGGCUUGGCCCGCUCUGCCGCACCGGGGCCGGCUAAGACGAGAAUAGGCUCAUCCCCGCAGCCGUCGCUACGCCUCACCCCAGCCGCAGGCCGCGCCCGGAGAGCGGCCGCUCCGCCGCCGCCCGCGGCCCAGCAGCUCUCCAACCGGCCUGUUCCCAGUUAAACUUUCCUCCGCUGCCGUUUGUGCAGACUGCUCUCAUCCUCCUCUCUCCCGCACGCUGGAAAAACGCUCUAGGUGGUUUUAUGUGAGCCGCUUCUCGUUUACUUCUUUGAAAUCUGCCAUCUUAUUUGCAGUAACAAAGAGCGGUGCCUUUAGCUCAUUUUCAGACAGCAUGGGACUGCUCAGCACAAGGGGUUUUACCAAGAGACAGUACAUCUAACACUUAACUUGGAUCAUCUCUUGUUCAUCAGCUUGAAAAUCAUAACAGCCCCCAAAACUGACAUUUGAUCUGAAAGAAAAAGCUGUGACAAAUGGACAAUAUGUCUAUUACUAACACACCAACAAGUAAUGAUGCUUGUCUGAGCAUUGUUCACAGCUUGAUGUGCCAUCGACAAGGUGGAGAGAGUGAAACUUUUGCAAAACGUGCAAUUGAAAGUUUAGUUAAAAAGCUAAAGGAGAAAAAAGAUGAAUUGGAUUCUUUGAUUACAGCUAUAACCACAAAUGGAGCUCAUCCUAGCAAGUGUGUUACAAUACAGAGAACGCUGGAUGGGAGGCUUCAGGUGGCUGGUCGCAAGGGAUUCCCUCAUGUGAUUUAUGCUCGUCUUUGGAGGUGGCCUGAUCUUCAUAAAAAUGAACUCAAGCAUGUUAAAUAUUGUCAGUAUGCUUUUGACUUAAAAUGUGACAGUGUCUGUGUAAAUCCUUACCAUUAUGAGCGUGUAGUAUCACCUGGCAUUGAUCUCUCGGGACUGACACUACAGAGUUCUGCUCCUUCAAGUAUGUUGGUGAAAGACGAAUAUGUUCAUGACUAUGAGGGGCAGCCAUCAUUGUCUUCUGCUGAAGGCCAUUCAGUCCAAACCAUCCAGCAUCCACCAAGUAACAGGGCAUCUACAGAGCCUUAUAGUACCCCAGCCAUGUUAGCUCCUACUGAGGCUAGCACUACCAGCACCACUAAUUUUCCCAACAUUCCUAUGGCUUCAACAAAUAGUACUACAACUUGGACUGGAAGUCGGACAGCAGCCUACACACCUACCAUACCUCACCACCAGAAUGGCCAUCUUCAACAUCAUCCACCUAUGCAUCCUGGGCAUUACUGGCCAGUUCACAAUGAACUUGCAUUCCAGCCUCCUAUAUCAAAUCAUCCUGCUCCAGAAUAUUGGUGCUCAAUCGCAUAUUUUGAAAUGGAUGUGCAAGUCGGGGAAACAUUUAAGGUCCCUUCAAGCUGUCCAAUUGUUACUGUUGAUGGAUAUGUGGAUCCUUCUGGAGGAGACCGUUUUUGCCUGGGCCAGCUUUCCAACGUGCAUAGAACAGAAGCCAUUGAGAGGGCAAGGUUGCACAUAGGUAAAGGGGUGCAGUUGGAGUGCAAAGGAGAAGGUGAUGUGUGGGUUAGAUGCCUCAGUGACCAUGCAGUCUUCGUUCAGAGUUACUACCUGGAUAGAGAAGCAGGGCGUGCACCAGGGGAUGCAGUUCACAAGAUUUACCCAAGUGCAUAUAUAAAGGUGUUUGAUUUACGCCAGUGUCAUCGUCAGAUGCAACAGCAGGCUGCCACGGCCCAAGCUGCUGCUGCUGCUCAAGCUGCAGCAGUAGCAGGAAACAUCCCCGGACCAGGAUCAGUAGGUGGAAUAGCCCCAGCCAUUAGUUUGUCAGCUGCUGCUGGAAUUGGUGUAGAUGACCUUCGACGCUUAUGCAUACUCAGGAUGAGUUUUGUAAAAGGUUGGGGACCUGAUUAUCCAAGGCAGAGCAUCAAAGAGACACCGUGCUGGAUUGAAAUUCACUUACACCGUGCCCUCCAGCUUCUAGAUGAAGUACUUCAUACCAUGCCUAUUGCAGACCCACAGCCUUUAGACUGAGAUCCCUCUGCUGCACUGCUACAGGCCAUUAUAUUGUGAGGAUGAUGGAUUGUAAAAUACAGUACUGUUUAUAACCUGAAGAUAUAAUUUACUUUUGUUCUACUUAAUCUUCUAAACCCAGGUUUUAAAAAUGUGUUUGCCAUCUUGCUCUAAGCAGAAAGAAAUUAAACAUGCAGAAUUUGAAUUUCAGUUAUUUUCAGAACUUGUCAUAAUACAGGGCUUACGGUGAAAGGUAAACGCCUUAUAGAGACUUUAUAGUAUUGGGUUUGUUCCCUUUGAAACUUUCCUUCUCUAUUAUGGCAUCUUGGUGAUAAGUCUCACAGGAGCCUUUUGUAUGCAGAAUAUAUAUUAUAUAUAUAUUUAUAUCUGAAAAUUCCUUCUACUAGUUACAAACAUUUACCUUGUAGCAACUUUAAAGUUCCAGCUGAUUUGUGAUGUUCUUUUUAGGGAACAAUAGUUAACAGAAGACUUCUUUAUUUUUUUGACAAUCAUGUUAUGAUUUUUCCAGAUUAAAAUGUAGAGGCUGCCAAAAAGUGAGGGGAUGAGACAUAUGUUGUUGGCACUGAUUAAAAAUAGCAAGGAAAAGAAAUGUGGCUUUUCCUUCACUAGUUUUUUAAAAAAGAUAUCUUAGAUUUUUAUUUAUAUAGACAGGUGAGUUUUAAAACACUAAAGGAAAUGGAUACUUUCAGUGCUGACACUCAAAUAACAUGAAAUACCUAGUCUGCAAAGUUGCCACUGAAAUUGCAUAACAAGCACCUAAUGGAAGGAACAUAUUUUCAUAAUUACUACUGACUUUUAUGAUUUUACUCAACUAAAAUUUGGCAGGUAUUUAAAGAAGUUGCAUGACUCUUUUUACUUGCAUAUACCAUUACAUCAUGCAUAAUAUUGCAUCAAUAUUUAGGAUUCAGUUUUUGUAUCUGUUCACCAUUUCCACUCAGGGCAAGAUGGCAAACUUGUUUUUUAUACUUCUUGGUUAUUUUAAGCCCUAUGCCAUCAAUGACCGUAUCAAUUGGCAAUGACUUUAUAUAGAGAAUUUAUAGUAAAAAAACCUACAAAUGUAUUGUCUGUAUGACAGAUACAAUGUGUAUGCUUUCUCUCUAGCCAAUAGUAUAAAUUAAAUUAUGAAAAGCCUGAUUUUUGUAAAUUUAGUUUGCUUAUAUAAUGUAAUUCUGCAUCUUGAAACCAUUGAUCUUGAGCGAUGGAUUCCUUUCCUUUGCAAAACCUGCAGCAGCCAAUAGUGAUAGGAAUUUUUGUUAGUUUAAAUUUGCCAGGAACAAGUCCAAUUUUUCUUACUUCCACUGCUUCGCAAUAAAAGCGUGUCCUGAGGAUAUAUCUUUGUGACCGUUUGGGGUAUGGAGAAAAGAGCAGGAAUUCCUUCUUUUUUAGCAUGUGUGUAGGGAGUUGGAGCUUAAUUAAACAGGCUUAGAAGGACAUACACUGAAGUCCUUCAAGUGCUGCAGGUUCGGUCUGCCUGCUGUGCUGAGCUGACCUGGCAGCACAGCUGGAGUGGUUAACAGGAGUAGAAGUCUUGGAAAAGAUUAUUCAAAAGCUUUUGGACAAGUUUCUUGCAUAGUUUCAGGAAUCUGUAGAGGACUGUGACACAGUGUUUAGUUAUUGCUUCUCCCAUAUGCUGGAAUUCUUAUGAAGUCAGCAGUCAUUGUUUCUCUUAGGUGUGGAAGUACAGAAGACAGAUGAUCUGGGAGUAAUGGCCAGAAAUUGAUCCAUUUUCUCUGUAUUUUCACUAACAGUGCUGUCUUCUUCAGACUAACUUCUAAUGAGAUCACUUUUUCUUUUGACUUAUGUGGCAACUUCUUGAUGUGUGGGAAAAUAGUGUUUGCUUUCCUCACAGGCUUUAGUUUAAAAUCUUUUUCAUUUUUCUUUCUCUCCCAAGUGAUCUAUUUUGUCUGCAAAGCAAGCUGCUUCACAGUCUUGAGGAACACUCUCAGUAGAGGAUUCAGACCACAUCCUCAGAGAAGCUUUUUAACCGGCAGCUUGGUUACACUUCAUCCGCAACAGAAACCUUGAUUUGGGGGAAGAAAUUAAAAGCCUGACUACAUGUUUUUCUUGCCAGCCUCCCUAUUAGAUUAUCUGCCCUGCACUUACUGCUGGGUUCAAGGUCCCUCAGUGUUUGGAAAGUAUGUAACUUUCUGCCUGAUGAAUUGUUUAUAACAGGCUGUUCGUUUGAUUAGGAGUCCAUGAGCUUACUCCCUAUUUAACUUUGUGGCUUUGCAAGGUGUUUUUCUUGAUGGAUGACUGAUCUGUAUAUGGCUGCUUCACAGACAACUUUCUGUACCAGUUUCUUCUGCUUUGAUUGUGCCAAACUUUGAUAAAAUAGUGAAAGAUUGCGUCCACCUGUUGGUGUAUUGGCCUGUACUAUGGUCUGAAAGAAUUCAACUUUUAAGAUUAGUUUUCUUGGCAGAUGUUUUGCAAGUCUCCUAAAGUCUGCACCUGCAGUGUAGUAUUUAGAUGGCCCAAAAUGUUUGGAAUAGAAUAACAAAAUAAUGUCAGAUGAGUUUAUCAAAAACAAGAAAUUGCAGGCUCCACAUCAGGAGAAAUCUGAGCAUUGUGUGAGGCAGUACAAAUACUGAAAAGGCAUUCAUCUUCUCCACCAGGCAGUUUCUGAUGCUGUUGUAAGUGUUAAAGGUCAAAAUGAGAGAAUCUCAUUCUUAUUUCUUAAUAUGCAUUUAACUUAAUUUUUUGUACUUUUAUGACAAGGCAUAAAAGGUAGUGCAUAAUGGAUUAGAAACCCUUCAGUGGCUGCACACUGAAUCUUUGAGUCUUGCAUUUGUCUUUUUCUGAGAGUUGAACAAGAGCUACAGCUACUUGAUAGCCAUGAUGACCCCUAUACAUGCAGCAGGCAGGAAUGUCAAGGAUGCCAAAAUUGUGUCUCCUUCAGCUCUGAAUGUUUCAAAUUCAAGAAGUAUUUUUUCAGCUAGCAAUCUCCUGCUUGCAGUCCUGUUCCCAUGUCUGCUCUGCUUAGUUCUUUCAAUGAAGUAAUUACCUCUGUGUUUCUCACCCUUGAUUAUGUGCUCCUCAAAAACCACAUUGUGCUGGAAUACUAUGUAAUUUCACUUCAUGUACUGGUGAGCUGGGAUUAACACCAGAAGGUUUAGAUUGCUUUAUCUGUGUUACUGUUAGUUUUGCAAGCGAGGGCAUUUAAGGUUAACAUGGUAGAGAUGUAGGAGAGAAAACCUUUUCUCUGGAAUGGUUUAAAAAUACUUAAUUCUACAGGAAUCCCUUGAAAGGAGCCAUAACCGCUAAACAGUGGUGGUUGAAAGUGGUUGUUCCUUUCAUCACUUUUCUGGGCUUGAUGAGAAUGAUAUGCUCAGAGACCUGGAGCCACUGGCUGUGAUAUAAACCACUUCAUUUACAGCUCUGGCCUACUGAAGACCUGGGAAGUACCCUUCUGCUUUCUAGGGAGGGACCUACACUGCAAACAAGACAAUGGUCUCCCUCAGUCACCAAACAGGUCUGUAGCAGCAGUACUCAUCGAACCUGUGUCCAACUCCUGUGCCUUACCUUUGAGACCAUCUUGUAACACUUCUGAUGACAGCAUUUGUAGCUAUGAUAUUUUAUGGAAAAUCCUUUGCUAGGAUUUUUCCCCUCCUGAAGAGCGGAGAGCCUCAGGAAAGAAAUGUAAACAAUAACUAUCUGCUGCUGUGGAAUGCAAC